AAAAUAGACAUUAUUUUAAUAUUAUUUUUUUUUACUAUCAAGAAUAAAGAAAACAUCAAUGAAAUUCUUAAAACAAGUGGAAUUAUGAAUUUGGAAAUAUCAACAAAUGAGACAACUGCUGAGAGAAGUAAAGAAAUUAUCUAAAAAAAUAUAGAUAGUUACAACUUUUAUCGAUGUCAACAAAAGUGUUUUUAUAAAAUGAAUAAAACAUUGUGGUCAACAGAAGAUGGCCAAACAAAGCCAUCAAUGAUCACAUUAACUUCAGAAUACAACAGCAACAUUUUUGAAUAUGAUUAUGCAGAUGAACUUUAUGAUGUUCCAACUGGGAUCAUAAUACUACUGAGUAUUUGCUAUGGAAGUAUAUCAUUUCUUGCAGUUGUUGGUAAUUCUCUUGUAAUGUGGAUUGUAGCUACAUCAAAACGAAUGCAAAGCGUCACAAAUUGUUUUAUUGCAAAUUUAGCACUUGCAGAUAUCGUUAUUGGACUUUUUUCCAUUCCAUUUCAGUUUCAAGCAGCAUUAUUACAAAGAUGGAAUCUACCACAUUUUAUGUGCCCAUUUUGUCCAUUUGUUCAAGUCGUUUGUGUAAAUGUAUCUGUUUUUACACUUACUGCAAUCGCAUUAGAUCGACAUCGGGCUGUUCUUAAACCCCUGAGUGCACGACCAAGCAAACUACGUGCUAAAAUUGUAAUAGGAGGUAUUUGGUUUAUAAGUGGAACACUUGCAGCUCCAAUGGCAAUAGCAUCUAGGGUAGUUUUUGUGCCAGAAAAUCCUAAUGAUAUUUUAACAGAUCCAGUUCAUUAUAAGCCAUUCUGUCAGAAUGUUAAUGUUUCCGAAGGGACAAUGUUAACCUAUCGUGCUCUCUUAGGAUUUCUUCAGUAUCUUACACCUCUUACAAUAAUUUCUUGUGUUUAUGCACGAAUGGGUUUUAAAUUAUGGGGGAGUAAAGCACCAGGAAACGCCCAAGAUUCUCGUGAUGCAAACCUCAUGAAGAAUAAAAAGAAGGUCAUAAAAAUGCUUGUUAUAGUCGUACUACUUUUUGCUGGUUGUUGGUUACCACUUCAAAUGUAUAAUGUUCUUCAGUAUACCUUCCCAUCAAUUAAUGAAUAUCGAUAUAUUAAUAUUAUAUGGUUUUGUUGUGAUUGGCUUGCAAUGUCAAAUAGUUGUUACAAUCCAUUUAUUUAUGGAAUUUAUAAUGAAAAAUUUAAAAAGGAAUUCCAACAGAGAUGUCCACUUAGGUCAAGAAAAUGGUCAGCAAGUGUACCAAAUGAUAGUAUUGAUCUUGAUAAAACGUUGACAACACGAACCUCGUUUAGGUACAUUCUCAGGAAUGAUUGGCGUAGACAAAAAUCAAGUACUUAUUUACCAAGUGGAUCGUAUUAUCAAGGAAUUCCAAUGCGUGAUUCAAUAAAAGUGUCAUGUAAUGGUGAUGAUACAUAAAUUAUAAUGUAAAAAUACUAUUAAGUAUUGCAUCAGUAGUCAUCACACAAAGCUUAGCACAAAUCAACACUUGGGAACAAUAAAAUCAAUACGAAUAACCUCAACGUUUUUCCAGGCAUAAAUAUCAAAAAUAAAUUUGAUGAUGAAGAAUUGUGUUUGUGAU